AUGGCAUCGAAAGAGCUCAGACAACUUUCAAGAGACGAGGUCGCCAAGCACAACACAGAUGACGAUCUGUGGAUUAUUAUAGAUGCGAAGGUGUACAACCUCACAAAGUUUAAGGGGAUGCACCCCGGCGGUGUAUCAGUUCUAUUAGACCCGGAGGUCGCUGGGCAAGAUGCUACAGAAGCGUUCUUUGGCCUUCACCGCUACGAGGUUCUGGAGAAGCCUCAAUACCAGCGACUGCAAAUUGGUGUGAUCGAAGGGGAAAAGAGCAUCAUUCAUGGACGUAUCGUCGGUGAACUCAGCCAAGUCCCUUACGCGGAGCCGACGUGGUUGACAGCGGGAUACCACAGUCCAUACUAUACAGAGGGCCAUCGCAAAUUCCAGGUCGCGGUGCGAAAGUUUUUUGAUGAGGUGGUUCACCCCGAUGCCCUUGCUCGUGAAGAGGAUGGCAAGCGGCCGUCGCAGAGUGUUAUUGACCAGAUGACUGGUUUAAACAUGCACGCCAUGCGUAUGGGACCUGGAAAGCAUCUUCAAGGUCGCGUUCUCAUGAAUGGCCUUGUGAAGCCCGAGGAAUUCAACUACUUCCAUGAGUUGAUCAUCACGCAAGAGUUCGCUCGUUCGAGUCUUCGCGGUUAUGGAGAUGGACUUUUGGGUGGUAAAGUCAUUGGGCUUCCUCCUGUUAUUAACUUCGGGAGCGAUGAACUGAAAGCCAGAGUGGUGCCAGAGGUGCUUGAAGGCAAAAAGUUCAUAUGUUUGGCAAUAUCGGAGGCCCAAGCUGGAAGUGAUGUGAUGGGUUUGCAAACCACUGCUACAAAGAGCGAGGAUGGCAAAGAGUGGAUAAUUAAUGGCACCAAGAAGUGGAUCACCAAUGGAACUUUUGCUGAUUACUUUACCGUGGGUUGCAAGACCGAAGACGGUUUUACGGUCAUCCUCGUGGAGAGGGGACCUGGUGUGGAGACUAAGCAAAUCAAGACUAGCUACUCCACAACUGCAGGCACUGCGUACAUUACCUUCGACAACGUCCGAGUUCCCGUUGGAAAUACCCUAGGCCAAGAGGGUGGAGGUAUCUUUGUCAUACUCAGUAAUUUCAACCACGAGCGAUGGGUGAUGUGCUGCGCGUCAGCAAGAAGUCAAAGGGGAAUAAUCGAAGAAUGUUUGAAGUGGUCUACGCAGAGAAAAGUUUUCGGGAAACCAUUACAUUCGCAAGCUGUCAUUCGUGCUAAGAUUGCUGGGAUGAUUUCUCGAGCUGAAAGCGUUCAAAACUGGCUUGAGAAUAUCACAUACCAGAUGUGUAACAUGUCCUACAAGCAACAAGCAAGCAAACUUGCUGGACAAAUUGCUUUCUUGAAGAGCUACUCAACAUCUUGUGCACAAGACACGGCAAGAGAUGCUGUUCAGGUCUUCGGCGGCCGUGGCGUCACGAAGACAGGGAUGGGCAAAUUCAUCGAGCAUUAUCAUCGCACAAUUCCGUUUGAUGCCCUUCUCGGCGGUGCAGAAGAUGUUUUGGCGGAUCUAGGCGUACGGCAGGCGCUGAGAGCGAUGCCAAAGGAUGCUCGGCUUUAAGUUUGCGCUAUCGCGGGGUUCGAGCGAGUACCCUCCUCGGCGUUUAAAGUUCGAAAGGGUCUUUAUUUGUGUAAUAAGAUGGGGGAGGUGUAUUUAUUUCGUACAGUCAUUCUAUCCAAGAGUAAGCUGUUAAUGUUACAACAACACAUCUGGCCGGU